AUGAAUAAUAAUAUUGAAUAAAAGUCUUAAUUUUAAAUUCUCUAGUUUUUUGAAUAUUAAAAUUCAAUCCAAAAUGAGAUCGAAAAAUCUAAAAAGAUCUUGUAAACUAUAUUAGAUUAGAAAAGGAAAUUGUAUAAUGAUAAAAUACUAUAACAAAAAGAAGUUUAAAUGUAAUAAUAAUAAUAAAUUGAUUAAUAUAAGAAAGUGAUUGAGGAAUAAUAAUAAAAAUUAAAAUCAAAAGGCAAUAAAGAGAAUAUUUAAACAUAACUUGGUUAAUUGAUUUCAUAUCAAUAAGAGUAAAACUAAAAGAUUGAAACACUUAUUGAAUAAUCUUGCAAUGAAAAUUCAAAUUAUAUAAAGUUAUAAGAGAAACUCAUUAGUAUUAAUUGUUUAUUGAAUCAUUAGAAUGUUAAAAUGAUAUUAAUUAUUUAAAGGAGGAAAAAGAAAUGAAAGAGAAAUUAAUAAUUUAAUUAUAGUAAAUAACAGGUGUGUAUUUAGAAUAUGAUUAUCAUUAAAAGAUUCUUGAUAUUCAAUUGGAAUAUAAUUAGAAUAUUCAUAUUCAAAUAAAAUUAGAAGAUAAAUUAAGAAGUAAAUAAUUUUAAAUACUAUAAAUUUAGUUCAUACAAUAACUCCUAAAAAUGAACAUUUUUACUAAUUAAUUAAGGAAUUCAAUUAAGAUAAUUAAUUGGAUAAACUUAUAUAAAAGAUUUAAUCAUUUAAUUGA